AUGGAGGACGAUGACAACAACUCUGAUGAGGUUGACGUUAUAUUGGGUUCAACAAUUUCUCAAUCUCCUCCCUCUUAUUGGGGUUAUUGUUCUUCAAAACACCCAAAACCUCAUCAGCUUACGAAAGCAAAGCAGAAAGAGGCAUUAAAGGAAUGCAAAAUUGUCGAAGGAGACGCGGAGGAUCUCCCAUUCGGUACUGAUUAUGCCGAUAGAUAUGUAUCUGCUGGGAGUAUAGAAUAUUGGCCAGACCCACAACGUGGCAUCAAGGAAGCCUACAGGGUGUUGAAACUUGGAGGGAAGGCAUGCCUAAUUGGUCCUGUGUACCCAACAUUUUCGCUGUCUCGGUUUUUUGCAGAUGUGUGGAUGCUCUUCCCAAAAGAGGAAGAGUACAUUGAGUGGUUUGAGAAGGCUGGAUUUAAGGAUGUUCAACUGAAGAGGAUUGGCCCAAAAUGGUACCGUGGUGUUCGUCGCCAUGGACUGAUCAUGGGAUGUUCUGUUACAGGUGUCGAAUCUGCUUCUGGGGAUUCUCCUUUGCAGUUUCAUGUGCUCGAAAUCUAUUUUGUCACUAUGAUUCUUCUGCUUGUCUAUCUUGAUUUGUUUUGGGUUUAG